AUGACGUCAGUCGAAGCUUGUCUUGACAGUAAUAAUACCCCACACUGUUCACUCAAUGUCAAUGUUGGGGCCGACUCUGGGGAUCUCUAUUGGGGAGCCGACAACUGCCUAUACAAUGAGGGUGCCACUACGAAGUAUGGCUGCGCUACACCGGCCAAUUAG